GCGUAAAGCCAUAUAUAUUGUUUCGCAGGUUGUUUUGUCAAAAGUCCCUUCUAUAUCUAUGAAUACUCCUAGUGUGAACUGUUUCGCCUUACGACGCAGUGCAGGGCAGACUCUGUAGAUCUUCCUGGUUCUUCCAUACCUGCACUUCGGUUGCAGGGUUGGGACAAGCAACACGACGCACAUACUUGGAAUGACGGUGACAAUUUGGACGGUCGUCGUGUUACGGAGCUCGGACUGUUUUAGAGAACCGACGUCUUUAUGUGGUCAAUCCGUACAGCAAAAGUUGAAUAACAUUUUAAUGUUUCUGACCCUAAACGCGAAUUGAUAGAAACCAUUGACAACUUGUCCAAGACUGGCGGACAACUUAAAAAUCAUAAAACUCUUCCUUGAAUUAUUGGCUCUGAUUAACAAAUGACGCUAGAUGGCGAAAAUGCUGUAGGUGACAGUGACCCCAGAAUUUAAGCGAGUGAUCGCACAUUGUGCAAAGCUUAGACUUUGAACUUCAUUCGGCGGCCAUAAUUAAUUCUUGGCGCGCCUGAGUGAACUUGAAAUUGCGAAAAAAGAGGAAUUUUUCGUUUUAUUUGCAACGAUUAGCCAACUCGCAAUGUAAAAAUUUAUGCCGGCGGCCGUGCGUUUGAUGAUUCAAAAAUAGACAUGAUUUUGAGUUGAGCGUGUUAGGUAAUGCCUGAGACGCAAAUUCGUAAACAACUCCCCAAGAGCGGAUUUAAAUAUGUAACUAGCAACAUUUUAAUUCCAUCAGUUCUUAAUGAAAGAGUGUACACGCCACUUUCCUUGGAAGUUUCAUUUCUGGUUGAUGCGAUCAUGAAUUUUCUCUAUUUGGUAGCUUUAUUGUCGAUUUGCUCUAAAGGCAGUCUCCACUCACUUCAAUCGGAAGGUUUACACGAGAGAGAUUCCAAAGUAAGAUUUCUACCCACAACUAGCGAACAGACGGGUAACUACUGGAUAGCGACAGACCGCAUUAAACGCAACGGCGAUAACGUAACCGGCAUCUCACCACCGACGACACGAAAAAGAAAGAAGGCCAGGGUAGGUACAACACCAAGAAGCCUAAACAUUACCGGAAUAAUCGGGUACCUAAAUGAGAAUAUAGGCGACAAUAUAAAGGUGAUUAACCCACAAGUUAGUGCGCAUUUCAAUGAUUUCGGUCGUUCGGUUAUUAAGCACGAUGAUGUUGAUAACGUGAUGGUGAAUUUGAAGGAUCUACAGAAGAAUGUGGGCAAAUUUGAAUGCAAUAUCGACAACGGUGGUUGUUCGCAGUUCUGUAGCGAGGCGAGUCACAGGAAGUGUAGUUGUUUUAGUGGAUUUGUGCUGGCUGGGGACGAUAAGAGUUGUUUAGAUAUUGACGAGUGUUCCAGUGGUGGAAAUGGGUGUUCUCAUUUGUGCAUCAACACGCACGGCUCUUAUCGGUGCGCGUGUCCUCGUGGUUUGAGGUUGGGUGAUGAUCAGCGAACUUGCGGUGAUGUCAACGAAUGUCUGUUGAGGAAUGGCCACGGACCUUGUCAAGAUAAGUGUGUUAACAGUCUAGGGUCGUAUGAGUGCAGCUGUACCUUGGCAGGCACACGGUUGGGUUUGAAUCGACAUUCUUGCGUGGAUAUCGACGAGUGCACAGAGGGAACGAGUGGGUGCUCACACGAGUGUAUUAACGUAGUAGGUGGCGCCUUUUGCACUUGUCCUGCUGGAAUGGAGUUGUGGAGCGAUUACAAAACAUGUCGCGAAUCUUCAGGUUCAAUGGAACAAAAUGAUGCACCCGCAGUUGCAGUUGUUGCCAAAGAUGAAAGCAUCUGUCCGCCGUUGGCUGCACCCGAACACGGCUUCUUCUACUGCUCCCAAAAAACAACGGGGUAUUCCAAUCGAGAGGAUGCACUCUGCCAACUAGUCUGCCCUAGCGGCUUUAAGACGCUUGGUGACUACAAAGUGAUAUGUAAUCCGAAUGGAAAAUGGAAUGGACCUAAAACCGGAAAAUGCCUGGCAAUUUUAGAGCGAAAUUUUAAUCCGUUGAGAAACUAUAUCGACUUUAUAUGGGAUUAUCCGAAACCAAAGAUAAUAUGCUCCGCUUCACGCUUGUUGUACGUGAAGAAGCAAGAUCGACUGGCUUACGUUAGCUUUUCACUGCCGAAGACGAAUGUAGAUUGGAGCAACGUCCAGUCGUACCCUCCCGAAAUCAAGAAGAAUUUAGAAGCUUAUCUACCUCAAGGAAACCACUGGGUAGUAUUCAAGGCUACACAUCCCGAAACUAAGCUUACUGCCAAAUGUAUUAUAUCUAUAAUUGUGAAGCGAGAACCUCAAGAGUCCAUCGACGGAUCAUGAACUUACGUGUUGGAUCACAACACACUAAUUAGUAAAAACUUUCGUUUACAGUUUAUCGACAAAGAUUUUGUGCCAAUUACACUGUGAUUUACAAUAAAUGUGUUCUUUCGUAUAAAUGGAAGUGCAACAACUUAACUUUA